CCCGCCAUGGCCGUCAGCCUCCGGGAGCCGUGCCGUCCGUCCGGAGGACCCUGCACCGCGGCCGACGAGGGCGUGCAGGGAACCUGCGACGAUGCCUCCCUCUGUAAGAGGUUUGCUGUGAGUAUUGGCUACUGGCACGAUCCAUACAUCCAGCAUUUUGUAAGACUGACCAAAGACAGGAAGGCACCAGAAAUUAACAGAGGGUAUUUUGCUCGGGUCCAUGGAGUUUUUCAACUGAUCAAGGCUUUUCUGAAGAAGACAGAAGGCAACUGUCAAAUUUUGAAUCUUGGUGCUGGUAUGGACACUACAUUCUGGAAAUUAAAGGAAGAGAAUCUCCUCCCAGUAAAAUAUUUUGAAGUGGACUUUCCAAUGAUAGUUACAAGAAAGCUUAACAGCAUCAAAGCAAAACCUCUUCUAUCAAAUCCAAUUAUGGAAUUGCAUUCAGAUGAAUCUCUUCUAAUAGAUGGACACAUCUUGGACUCGAGUCGAUUUGCCAUAGUGGGUGCAGAUCUCAGAGACUUGGUGGCAUUGGAGGAGAAGCUAAAGAAAUAUAACAUGAAUACACAGUUGCCAACACUCCUGAUAGCAGAAUGUGUUCUCGUUUACAUGACCAAGGACCAGUCAGCCAACCUGAUAAAGUGGGCAGCCAACAGCUUUAAGAUAGCUAUGUUCAUAAACUACGAACAGGUUAACAUGGAUGACCGAUUUGGACGGAUCAUGAUUGAGAAUCUCCGGAGGCGACAGUGCGACUUGGCUGGAGUGGAGGUCUGCAAAUCUUUAGAGUCUCAGAAAGAGCGACUCCUCUCAAAUGGAUGGGAGACUGCAAGGGCUGUGGACAUGAUGGAAUUGUAUAGCAGCCUACCCCAAGCUGAAGUAAGCAGAAUAGAGUCCCUGGAGUUCCUCGAUGAAAUGGAGCUUCUUGAACAACUCAUGAAGCAUUACUGUCUCUGCUGGGCUGUGAAAGGAGGGGACCAUUUGGGUCUUCGUGAGGUCUCAUUUUAGCUUCUCCUCCGAAGCUCCGGAGCCAAGAGCCAAAGCUGCCAUCGUUUCUUGAGGGAGAGAAGCUGAGAAGAUUCUUUAAAGAGGGAACUCUGCAUGUGCAAACUCCAUUCUGUACAAGUUCAUCACCCAUCACGACAAGACUGAAGUGGCUGAUGUUGCCGACGCCACUUUCUGUUGAUCAUUGUUUUAAUAAAUCUUGAUUGCCUUUGUGAGCAAUUGGUUUCUACGUCAGAUUUGUAUUUUUCCACUCCCCCUGCCAGGGACCUGUUGGUCAAAUUGUGUAAAUUGAAAUAUUUCCCCUUCACAAAAGUUCCUGUGUCUAAAGGAAGGGCUGCAGGUCAUUUCCUCGCUGACUCUGGAGAUGCACAGAGUAAGCAUUUGUAAAGGGAAAGCUGCCGAACCUUGGGGCGGUAUUUAUGGAUGAUGCUGACUGCUGAAGAAUGAUUUUCUUUCCUAGAUGGCUUGCUCGUGAGUGAAAUCGGUCGGGAUUCCGGCUCUCCAGGUCAGGGCUGCCGUUGGCGGAUGCCAUUUUCCCGUCUCGCUCUGUGAACCCUCUGUCCUGUAGGAAAGGUUUCUGAAGUAAAAUGGAGUCUGAAAUCUUU